GGAGACCAAGCACCAUGGGAAACCGAUUGUGCUGCGGCUGCAGGGGACCUUGGAGCUGCCCAUCUGUUUUUCAAAGGAAAAAGAAGACAGGGAGCCAAGCAAGAGGGACACAGAAGCUGCAGGAGCAACUGCAGCAGAAUGGCACAAAGACCCCGGGCACAGCAGGCCCCUCGGACAGACGGCACAGCAGGCAGCCUGACCGCCGGAGGGAGAGAAGUGUAAGCCUCAGGUCGGAGGAAAGCAACUUGCAUUACGCAGACAUCCAAGUGUGCAGCCGAGGCCCGGCCCGCCACACCAGCGCGCCCAGACGCCAGCCCUUGGAAAAGGCCACGGAGUACGCGGUCCUCCGUUUCCCGCAGGCCACACCCCGCUACGACAGCAAGAACGGGACGCUAGUGUGAGCGUGGGCGAGGAGGGACCGUCUCCAGCAUGUCACCCCCACUUUCGGGGGGCUGUGGGGGUGCCCCCACAUCGUCGGGGAACCCGGUGGCCGUGGCGGCCACGUGUUGAGCGUGAGGACCCCAGCCUGGCUUCCCCCCCCCCCCGUGGGCCCUGCUCUCACUCUGGUAUACUGGGGAUAUCGGGGCUAGCCAGUCUCAACCCAGCGCCCCCACCCAGGGCCCAGGUGGUGCGCUAAGACGAGGGAGGCUGCUGGCCGCUCCGCUUCGCUCCCCGCUCGGGGAAAGCGCAUCCAGGCAGGUCAUCCUGCAACGCAUGCACCCAUCCUGCUGGACUUGACGGUCUUCCAAAGCUGGGGCAGAGGCGUUCAGAGCGCGGCCCCCCAGGUCUCUCGGGUCAUUUCCCGAGAGGUGAGUGGCCGGGGAAGGAAGCUGGACCGAAGCGUUCAAGAGACGGCGAGGCUGAGGACUUCCUCGCACCACCUCGUUCCAAGGCCUUGCAGUCGCCGACGAGCCACUGACCCCCAACGCACCGCCAGACCCGGACACUCCCCCUGGCUGGACAGUCGUCAGCUUUCACGCAUGCGGAGCCUCGAGGAUCAAUAAAUUACAUCAGGAACACGCCCGGCCCGUGC